AGAUUCAAUUGGAAUUCAUUUUCUCUGUUAUGGGUCCUCACUGUUUGUUUACAUGGUCAAAAGAAAAACUUUUUUAUUCUUGAACACCAGGUGUUUGUUCAUUUGCUUCAAUGAAUGAUGAUUCUUGUUUCAUAGCUGUAGCAUGGUUUCCCUCGUUGACAUUAAUUUUAAGACCUUGUUUGUGUAGAAUGAUGGUAGAAAACUUGCCUGACUUGCUUCUAGCUCGUAUGAAAUACAUGCUUCAUUUUUCGCUUCACUUUCUAUCCCGCUUAAUGGACCUCUCCCGGAUUCUAAUUGUCCUUUAUUUUCAUAUUUGCAUGUCAUGGUAGUUUUCUUGUACCUUAGUUUCUUGAAUUCCGCACAGUUCUUGGGUUUUGAAUUUACAGUUUGAACUGUGAAGUGUAGCUAGUGGAUUUACAUAAUCAUGGGAACUGAAGAUUCAAAAGAUCCAUUGAAGGGGGUUGACUGGAAAGCCAUAGGCAGUGAAUUGCAGAAGGACCCUAGUGCUGGUACUAAACCAAUUGUAAAGAAGAGGCUGCCGAAAAAGAUUAGGCAAAUUCCAGACUACUAUUUCCUUCCACGAAAAUCUUUACCCGUUACAGUUGGAUUCUAUGGAGCAUGUAUUGCUGGUGGAAUCGGUGCUGGCAUGCUGCUAGAGAUAUGGAUAAACAAGAAAGUAAAAGAGGAUGGAGGUGUCAUAUGGGAAUUUGACAAAUAGAAGUUGAAGAUUGGCAUUAAAUGAGUUGUUGCCUAUUCUUUUGCUACUGCUUCUACUUCUGGUUGCCUUUGUUCUUCAGGAUGCAGAUAAUACUGAAGAGCUUUAGGGCCUUCAUCUUGGAGCCCAAAAUUCCAAUGCUACUUUCUUAUUUUAUGUUAAAAGAAGGCUCAUUUUGAUUCUGUUUAUUUUGUGAGUUUGCUUUUACAAGUUGGUCCCAUAUUCUGCCAUUGGAUAGACUAAUUGUAGGUCAUAUCCAUUUGAUUUUAUUUACUAUUUUGUUCCAAAUUAAUAGACAAUUUAAAAUAAA